UUUCCUGACCAGAGUUUUAUUCAGUUGUUGUCAGUCAAGGGUUUCAGUGCUUUUACACCAAAACUGUAUAAGUAUUAAAAAAUAAAUUAAUUUCAACUUGUUGAUUCUCAAGUGACAAUGUCAGUGAGUGGAAUGACCUGGCGCGGAAUAGCAAUUACAUUAUGCCUCCUGUCACCAGCGCUGGCUGCACGGGGUUCUAUUCUGGAGGCCAUAGCAGGAAUCCUUCGAGACACCAACCAAAUCCUAUCGGGCGAGCCACCUGAUGCAACGGUCAUACUACCGGAAUACGACUUCAUCAUCAUAGGCGCUGGCACAGCGGGAUGUGUGCUCAGUAAUAGGCUCACUGAAGUGAAGGAUUUUAAGGUAUUGCUGAUAGAGGCUGGUGGCAGUGAGCAACCGUACAUGGACAUCCCGGUGCUGGCUACGAUGCUGCAGUUUACCGAUGCCAAUUGGAACUACCACACAGAACCGCAAAAAGGUGGCUGUCGUGGCAUGAGGGGUGGACGCUGCGCUUGGCCACGAGGUCGUGUGGUCGGAGGGUCAUCUGUCCUACACUCCAUGAUGCACACGCGUGGCAACAGGAAGGACUACGACAGAUGGGCGGCUAACGGUAACCCAGGUUGGGACUUCGACUCAGUUUUGAAAUAUUUCAAGAAAUCUGAAAACGUACAAAUUCCCAAAUUGGCCAAGAACAAAAAAUAUCGAUCAACAAAAGGCGAAAUGAUGCUUCAGCACCCCAAUUGGCGCACACCCCUCUCAGAUGCAUUUCUACAAGCAGGAGUGGAGACAGGCGGGAAAAUCAUAGACUACAACGCUGAAAAACAAAUCGGAUACUCUAUCAUCCAGUUUACAAUGAACAACGGCUCAAGAAUGAGCGCAAACAAAGCUUUCUUACAUCCAAUCAAUGGCCGUCAAAAUUUCCAUGUAGUAAAAAACGCAAUGGUGACGCGCAUCCUAAUAGAUCCGUGGUCAAAAAGAGCGUAUGGCGUCGAGUUUAACAAAGAUGGAACUAAAUAUUCCAUAACUGUUCGACGAGAGGUCAUUCUUUCCGCUGGAGCUAUCAACUCACCACAAUUAUUAAUGAUUAGUGGAAUUGGCCCGCGAGAUCAUUUGACAGAAAAUAAUAUAACAACUAUAGUAGAUUUACCUGUUGGUUACAACCUCCAAGAUCAUUGGGCGUUGGGAGGACUCACUUUUGUUAUAAACACAACGGAUUCUAUAAGGUCGGAAAGAGUAGCGACUUUCGAUAAUAUUAUUGAGUACUUCAGUCACCAUACUGGGCCGCUGUCAGCUCCAAGCGGCACUGAAGCUAUAGCAUUUUUUGACACAAAGAAUCCCGACGACGAUGAUGGGUAUCCAGAUUUGGAAUUACUCUUUGUUGGCGGCUCCUUAGUCUCCCAACCGACUUAUAAAGAGGCAUUUUCAAUUGAUAAUCGCGUUUAUGAUAAAGUUUACGGCCCAAUCCAAAACUCGGACACUUGGAUGGUAUUCCCCAUGCUUUUAUUGCCACAAUCUCGAGGUCGCAUAAUGUUGAGAGACAAAAAUCCAUAUCAGAAACCGAUAAUUCAUGCAAAUUAUUUUUCUGAUGGCGGGCACGACCAGAAAGUUAUACUCCAUGGAAUAAGGAAAGCCAUAGAGCUGUCCAAGACUAAAGCUUUUCAAAAAUACAACAGUAGGUUGCACGAUAUACCAUUACCAAAUUGCGCCCGUUACAAAUUUAAUUCUGAUGACUACUGGUAUUGCGCUAUGAGAACAAUCACAAACACUAUUUAUCAUCACUGCUGUACAAAUAAGAUGGGUCCUAGAGACGAUCCAGAGGCCGUAGUAGAUUCUCGACUAAGGGUGUAUGGUAUUCGAGGAUUAAGAGUCGUUGAUGCUAGUAUAAUGCCGCAUGUACCUGCAGCCCAUACGAAUGCUCCAACAAUGAUGGUUGCAGAAAAGGCAGCGGACAUGAUCAAACAAGACUGGGGAGUACCAAUAAAUUAUAGAUGAUUGUAGUUAAGAUAAAUUUAUGUUACCCAGUAUUUUAUAUAAAUUUUGUUGCUAGUAUUAAACAUUUUUAUUACAGUUUCAAACAUUUAUUUAUCCUAAGCCCAUUCAACACAGUCAUUUUAGACAAUUACCAGGACAUUUGCCCCGGAAAUUAAAAUUAGAAAGUUACAAAGUUAUUUAUUUUCUUAUGAAUUUUUUUUCGUCAUCAAUGAGAGAUAUAAUAUCCUUUUCGACUUGUACGAAAACUAAGAAGUUUUCAAGAAAUUAAUGCAUUGACAUGAUGCGAGGUACAAUACUAUUAUUUUUCAAUUGUAUUUAUUAUCUCCAAAUUAAAUAGACCUUAUUUAUUUCGGCUUUGAUUUAAAGAGGCUUUGGAUUA